AUGUCGGGACUCGAGGGACUUGGCCUCGCAGCUAACAUAAUUGCAGUGAUUGAUCUAUCUGCGAAAGUCAUCUCAUGGUGCUACCAAUACUCCAAGGACGUCAAGAACGCCAGGGCCGACAUCGAGCAACUCCAGCAGGAAACAAAUAGACUCAAGAUCGUGGCUGAAGAUAUUCGCAAUCUCCUUGAAGGCCCGAACGGUGCGAAAUUAACGACAGCUAAACGAUUAUCCACCGCGGCGGGUCAAGUUCGUUCAGUUCUCGAUACAGUGGAUAAGACUUUGAGCAAUCAGAAGGGACUCAGACGGUUCGGUCUUCGUGCGCUGAAGUGGCCCUACGAAAGCAAAGAUGUGGAGGGGCUGCUACAAGAGCUUGUUCGAACACGCGAGAUAUUUCAUCUCGGUUUACAGAUUGAUCAAACGAAUAUCAUUAUUGGUAUUGACGAGAGAGCGAAACUGGACCGUAUCCCUGUUGCUGAAGGAGCAUCCUCACAUGCAGAUGACCAAGAUGCCACGACCUGCCUUCCAGACACUAGAGUGCAGCUCCAACAAGAUAUAUGGGAGUGGGUUAAUAGUGACACUGCCAAACCCAUUAUGUGGCUGAGCGGUAGUGCUGGCACAGGAAAAUCGACCAUCUCCCUGACGGUCUCCAGCGAGUUUGAGAAGGUCGGCAUCCUUGGCGCAACAUUUUUUUUCACGCGGACACAAAAGGACCGAUCCAACCUGUCCAAAUUCGUGUCGACCCUUGCUGCCGACUUGGCAGUCAAAAUCCCGGAGACUUGUCGGCACGUUCUGGAUACAGUCGAAAACCAGAGCGAUAUCUUCAAGAAGGGCGUCGGGGAUCAACUAGACCAACUCAUUAUCGAUCCUAUCAUCCAAUGCUCAGCGAUCCGUGGGCAGCGCCCCAUUGUCAUCGUCAUAGAUGCUCUGGAUGAAUGCGAGAGAGAAGCAGAUAGCAGGUCCCUUAUUCAGCUACUGACCAGAUCCAAGAUCGCUCAAGUGUCGCAUCUUAGAAUCCUCCUGACAAGCCGACCCGAGUUGCCUAUCCGGCUGGGCUUCAGCCUAGCGGAUUCUGAAUCGUUCCAGUCUCUCACCCUGCAUGAUAUACCUGAUGAAGUUAUCCGGAAAGAUAUCCUCACUUUCCUCUUGUUCCACUUAAGCAAGAUCAGAGAGGAGUACAACGCGUCCGAAAUUUCUCAUGGUCGGAAGUUGGACCCAGCGUGGCCGGGAAAAGAAAUGACCCAAACAUUGCUCGGGAUGUCGGUGCCUCUAUUCAUCUUUGCCGCCACUGUUUGCCGUUUCAUCGGCGAUCACGUAUAUGGACAUCCAGACAAGCUGCUGUGCGAGGUUCUCGAUUUUGGAACAAAGAGCCAAGAAUCCCAGCCUCAGCUCGACAAGACCUAUUUCCCCGUAGUCAAUCAGUUGAUAGCAGGACGGUCAACGAAGCAUCAGCCACAGAUUUUACAACGGUUCCGGUUGGUCGUUGGGUCUAUGAUUCUCCUAGCGACCCCCCUUUCGAAGCAAACACUUGGAAGGAUCUUGGGGAUUGAAGAUGACGAGAUUGACCACCUUCUGGACGGCUUACACUCUGUUGUCGACAACCCAUCCGCACCAGAAUUGCCAAUAAGGUUCUUUCACCUCUCAUUUCGAGACUUUCUUCUCGACCUCGAUAAGCAAGACAGUCCAUUUUGGGUAGAUGAGACCAAAUCGCAUGCCCAUCUUGCGUCAAGGAGCCUAAUUACUCUAAACAACACCCUAAAGCAAAAUAUUUGCGGUAUAACCGAUUGGUCCAAGUCUCGGAAGGACCUCAACUUAGAGUCCGCGCAGAUCGAGUCUUUUCUCUAUCCAGAAGUUCAGUAUGCGUGUAUAUACUGGGUGCAUCAUUUUGAUAUGGCUGGCGCGGACCUUGUUGAUGACGGGCAGGUUUUCGCUUUUAUGAAAACUCAUUUUCUGCAUUGGCUAGAGGCUCUUAGUCUACUUGGCCAAGCUCACGAGUGUACUCUUUACAUCAAGACACUCCAAAGAAUAUCAAACCCGGUACAUGGAAAGGAGUUGUUGAAAUUUCUCCACGACGCUGAAUAUUUCACCCUUGCCUAUACAAGUGCGAUUGAUACAUUUCCACUCCAAAUUUACUGGUCACUGCUCGCUUUUACGCCUGUAAAGAGCAUAUUUCGAAAGCUGUACACGAGCACGGUGAAUGGGGGGACAAUCAUUCGGAUAACAGGUGAAAGCGAAUGGAGUUAUUGUGUACAGACACUCAAGGCUACGCACGCAGACCGUCCGCAACAUGUGGCAUUCUCCCAGGACUCGGCAUUGAUCGCAACGACAGAUUCGCUUGGUGGUAUAUGGGUUUGGAACACCGUCAACGGAGAGCUUGUUAGGAACAUUAAGCCUCCUGAUCAUGUGGAAUGUCUCGUUCCACCUCUUUUUUCGCCUGAUUCGUCACUCAUCUGCUCAACCGCGCUCACAUGGAGUCACACCACCAACCAGGUUUGGGACAUUAUCACGGGGCAACAAGUUCUAGGCACUGCGCGCCUACCCUCAAUCGGUGGGGAUCUUGGCACCUUUCCACCCCCUACUGCGUACAUCGAAAGACAAUCAGAAAGUACCAUGGGGAUCUGGCGUCUGGAACAAGAUUUCCCCCAGGUAGUAGGCCUGGUCAGGGCUCGGGAUGCAAGCGACUUAAAGUAUGCCUGCUCAGUUGAUUGUAAACUCAUUGCAAUUUCUGGAAAAGACAACGGAAAGUAUGAAGCUUGGACUCAGAUCCGGAAUGUCAACUCAGGCACUCUUGUUUCUUCGUGGCGGCAGCAAUUUCUUCAAGUCACAUGCUCAAUCUUUUCGCCUGAUUCAGCUUUGCUAGCCGUGUGUGGGCUACGUUCGUAUAGACUGACAGGCCAUCUGUCCCUCUAUGAUGUCAAAACUGGUGAGCCUCUGGAAACAUCGUUCUCUGGAGUCCCGCCAUAUGUAUGGUCAGUUGCGUUCUCUCACGACUCGGUGUUGGUGGCUACCGGCUCUAUAAGGGGAGAGAUUCACUUAUGGCGUACGGAAACCGGCGAGUGCGUACAAACUUUAGGCGGCUAUAGCCACGGGAUUACAAGCAUUGUCUUUUCCCACGAUUCCAGGUUGCUGGCAUCCGCUUCCGAAAACAAUACUGUACGCCUUUGGAGAGUCGCCGAGGCCGGAAAUAACAGCCUUGGGGAACAGAAGCUGCAUAGAGAAACCCACACCAUAACGAUUUCUCCAAAUUCGAAGAAGAUAGCUACUUUGGAUGACGCGGGAUUGUGUAUGUGGAGCGCUGAUACGGGUGAAUGCACUUGGUCUUAUCGUUGUCAAGCCAAUGCCAAGCUGUUGUUUUCCCCCAAUUCGGCUUUCAUCCUCGUUCAAGAGAAGAAAGAAUUCGGAAAAAUCAACAAAAGUGGACUUUUGCAUACGGAUACAGGGGACUGUGUGUCUCUUAACGGUCAGGCUCAGAAGAGCCGAGAGGGAGCUUUCUCCAAUGAUUCAGAGCUCCUUGCAUUUACGGACGGCGAUAGCUCGGCAUCAUAUAUAUGCGUCUGGAGAACCACCACUGGAAACUGUGUCCAACGGUUUGAAUGUCCAAAGGGCAACUGGGACAAUUUGAGCUUCUCGCAAGACUCAAAACUCAUUGCGGGUAUUGGCCGCGGCAUCAUUUGUACCUGGGACAUAACAAGCGGCCAGUGCCGCCAACAAACAAUGCCAGAAACCUAUGUUAACGCAUCCUAUCUUUCCAUAACAUUCUCUCCCAAUUUGGAUUGGGCUGCGGGUAUCAAUUUAUAUAACGAGAUUCGGGUAUGGAAAUGCGAUACAGGCAAGCUAAUACACGAUUGUUACGUUCCAUCACUAGACCUCAGGACCUUCGACAUGACUUACGCCAUCAUUUUCGUUCCAAAUUCUAAUUAUAUCAUAGUCAGUUCAUCUUCUGGCUUGAUUUAUGUCUGGGAUUUUCAAACAGGCAUCCGCAUGGCCAGGACAAAGAAUCUUUACCCCCAUCAUGGAGCUGUGAGUUUUCAAUCAGAGAGUUCGCAGCUACUCGUUGGGACUGGGGCGGUUGAGUUGGUUAACCUUCUCCCUUAUCCGCUACCAAAUUCUCCGUCUUCUUCGUCUGAGAGGCUCGACAAGUCUAUUGAGCCCCGUCGCUCUGGCUACGGGAUCAGCCUCGACUAUAGUUGGAUUACCUGGGAUGAUGACAAUUUCUUCUACCUACCACUAAGCUACCAGCCGGACGAAUUCGACGCAAUUCUCGUAUCGGGGUCUGUAGUCAUUAUUGGCUAUAAAAGGCUAAGAAAGACGGUUGUUUUUAAGUUCACCUCUGCCAGAGGAAGUAAGCCAGUGGCAGACAUACAUUUCAUUGAUCAUUGCAAGCCAAUACCAUCUCGUCGAUGA